AUGAGACACAUGUUAUCGGUGUUGUUGGGUUUGGUUACUUUGCUCGCAUGGGAUGCAGUUGUUGGGGUUGGUACAUUUGCUCGCAAUGGAACUGCAGUUGUUGGGGUUUUGUUGCAAUUGGUGUUUGGUGUGGUUGCUUUGGACGGGUUGUUAAUUGGUGUUUGCGUGAACGACGUGGAGCAGCGUUUCAUGCAGGAUGUUGUUCAAUAA